AUGGACGUGCACGUGCACGAAGCUUUCUCAGCCCUAACCCUCACCAACCAGGGAGGCCUUGGAAACCUGCGCAAACUACCCCCUGAACUUCGCAUCAUGAUCUGGAAAGAAUUAUUCCGUGACAUCGAACAGCUUCAAGGACCUCGCUCGGAUUCUACUUCCAGUACCAAUGAAAGUGUCAUCAGCGUCAUGGGAUGCAGCAAGCAACUGUAUGAAGAGGUCAGUGAACUACUUUUCAACAAUUUCAGCCACGAAAUCGAAGUCUCGAGUACGUCAGAUGGUCCUGGAUGGUUCAUCAAUAUUUCCGCUCGUUAUCUUAACAAAAUUCGAUGGGCCGUCCCGAACGAACAGUCUUUGGUCAAACACGUCGUCUCGUUUCCUCACGACAAAACUGAACGGGCCAAGAGAUACAAGAUCGAAAGCAUCAACGUGAGAAUGAAUGCCAUCGAGAGUCCUCAACCCGGCCAGCACUGGCUGCCCUUCGGAGAGGCGUGGUUUCGGGCAUGCAAACGGCUACUUGCGGUGCAUGACGCAUACAAGAAAAUUCCUGAUGCCCAGGAGAUGGAACUCAAUGUAUCUAUCAAGCGUGAAUAG